CUCGCUGGCCACCAUUCCUCCAUCUGCUGCAGCUCGUGGAGGGAAGACGUGCGCUUUCUCGGUCAUCCUACAGCGGCAACCGACCGCUUACCCAAUGAAGAGCAAGGUGACGAAGGAGCAGGGUCCUGUUGCGCUCGUACGUUCCCUCCUCCUAGUUAAGCAUCCUCUGACGGGCAUUUAGACCUGUUUUGUAUGAAGGCUGCUGCGCGCAACAGAGGACGAUGUCCCUUCAGGACGGCUGCAGCAACCAUCUGGAAUACCCAUGCACUGGGAAUCGACCAGGCUGCGAAAAGUCGUGAAAACUCCGCCUGUCUGUCAGAUCGACUGCGCAGGUGGUCGGCAGCCUACUCAGCCUACUCAUCGCACAGAAUCGAGCUCCUUACCUGCGUUCAAGGGUCCCAGGUGCGGUUGUCCUAUGAAUGGGGCUGCACCCUGCCCAGCUCAGCUCCUCGUGCCCCGGUCGUGGACUAUGUGGUGCCCUUGUGCCCCCCUGAAUGCACUGGCCAGCGGUUUGCGAGAGCAGAGAAGGCGGCACGGGCCACCGAGGGCGAGGCGGAGGUGGUGGGAUGCCGCCGCCCUUCCGGAUCGCCGUGCUGGGCGCGCAGGGCGUGGGCAAGACGGCCAUAGUACAGCGCUUCCUCCACGAUGACUACAGCGAGGCGGCUGGGUCCACCCGGGGCCGCCACGUGCACCUGUCCGCCGCCGUGCUCAACGGCCACGUGCACGACCUGCAGAUCACAGACUACCCUGCAAUCAGCAGCUUCCCCGGCACCUCCCUGCAGGAAUGGUCUGACAUUUGCUGUCGAGGCAUUCGCAGCGCCCACGUCUACAUCCUGGUUUAUGACAUCUGCUGCUUCGACAGCUUCGAGUAUGUUAAGACCAUGCGCCAGCAGAUCUUGGAGACCCGGGUGAUGGGCGCAAUGGAGACGCCGAUCCUGAUUGUGGGCAACAAGCGUGACCUCCAGCGGGGCCGAGUCAUCCCGCGCCACAACGUGUCCGACUUGGUCCGCAAAAGCUGGAAAUGUGGAUACGUGGAAUGCUCAGCCAAGUUCAACUGGCACGUUCUGCUUCUCUUCGGCGAGGCCCUGCGCAGCGUGGGCUGCGCCCGCUGCAAGCACGUGCACGCCACCAUCCGCUUUCAGCGAGCGCUGAGGAGAGAGCGCUGUUCUCUCAUGUGAAGCGGGAGUUUGAUAAUGUCGCCCUCCUUUCGCUGAGAAACCAAAAUUGCAGCUGUGAUGGUGAGCCCGGGUUGCCUUUUUGCCAAGGAACUACUGACAUAUUUUUUUUCACCGAAGAAAUGUACUGUCUCCGCGCAGAUGGAUGUUUGAUGCCAGGAGGGAUCCUCAGAUGCUGCCUCUUUAGUAAAUAUCGCCUCGCCAGCGGCUGAAGCCUCAAAACCAAUCAGCUUUAAUAUCGUACCGUUGAAAUGCAAAUAACCCGAUAAUUCAUGCUGGGACUAUUCUAGCCCGUCUCUGUUGCUGAACACAUGUUAUUGUUACUUCCAUUUCUACUAAAGUGCUCCUGCCUCAUUACGGGGUGUGGCUGUACCAUACACGGUUGCAAUACACAAGAGCACAACUAAAUGUAUGCGUAUCCUCAGUGGACACUUCCAUGUUAGGAUUACCUGUUUAGCUUGUUCAGAUACAGUUUAUCCCUGGUACUGUGUUGUAUGCCAAGGCAUGAAUUACUGUAUGUACUAUUUUCACAGUCAGAUGGAACAUUGGAGCAGGAUGCAGGUCAAUGAUUCAUUUCGUAAUAUUCGCCAAUAGAGCGGGAAGUAAAUGAAUGAGGGAUAUCAAUUUGUGAUCCUAUAAUAUGAAACCUAGUUUUAACUUGGCCCAGUUUUUACUUCUAAAACAGCACAAUGUUCUAAUGUGAAAUUUAAAAUCACUCCUCUAUCUUCGUUGAUAUUAAUUGCAUAUUUAUGGGUUCAUUGUUUAAAUGACCGAAUGCUAAUGGUGAAUGCCAUUUUGUUUGAUGUAUGGUGAAAUCUCCAUAUCAAUAUUUAUGGCCAGCCUUACACCUGCUCCUGGUCAUUUUUCAACUGUUAAUCCCAAUGGAAAGUAUACAGUGCACUAUGUAUAAUUUAAGGAAAAUCAUCCCUGUGAUAAAUGAGUAUUUCUUCAUUUGGGAGAAUGCACCAACAUGGCUCCAAUAUUUAAAAUAAUUUUAAAAAUAUUCAUUUGUAACAAGGUUUAAUAUUGUAUAAAUCUUAUAACUUGUACUUAAAGGGUCAAAAGUCAUGCUGUACUGGUUUGCACUAAAGUUGACAAUAAAUCAUCU